AUGAGGUCCAUAUUGAUAGCCAUUAUAUUGACAACUUUUAUAGUUAGUGCAUGCAAAAUAUUUUAAGAACAUCCAUUUCAUAAGUAGAAAUACUUUAGAAAUGAGGAAAUUGGCAUUGAUUUGAAAUGUUCUAAUUACAUUAAAUUGAAUAAAGAAAUGGAAUCAAAAUUGAAUUAGAAAGUCUACUCUACUAAACCUGGUAAUAAAGAAUUGAUUGAAUUGUUCUAUAAAUUAUUAACUAUAUUAGUUUGA